AUGGAGGGCCCCGAGUCGUCCUUGUCCACCACCUCCUCCCCCUCCUCCUCGCGGCCAUCCGCCGCACCCGAGCAGUCCACCGACAGCCGGGUGUCUGCCCCCAGCGGACAAUCGCUCGAGGCUGCGCGUUCAGACAGCGCAAAAGCCCCCGAAGCCUGCCAGCCAGCAGCCGCGCAUUCGAACGAGACGGCCACGCUUGUCAACGCCCACCUCCCCUUUGAGCCAGGACAUGCCCCUGCCGCCCUCGCCCUGCCUCGAUACCACGUCCGCGCCCCGUCGACCGCCCUGAAACUCGAGACGGACCUCGCGGCCUUUGCCACCCACACACCCGCAUCCGGCGCCCGUAAUCCGCCCAACCUGGAGGGCAGCAGCAACAACAAUGGCGGCGGCGGCGGCGACGCGCUGCGGCAGGCGGGCACAGCGCCCAUUACCAUGCAGGACGGCUUCCUGAGGUCUGCGUGGUCGACGAACAGCCUGGGCUCGCUGUCGCCCGCCUCAGUACUGUCCUCCCCCGCACUGAACGCGCUUGGGGACAUUACCCCACUUCCUUCGCCGCUGGUCAUGAGCGACUCGCCGGGCCCAUGGCAAAGAGCCGCGCCGCGUCCACGUUCGAGGGGCCUCUCGGCCGCUUCUCGCGACGACUCGUAUUCCAUCUUCUCCAAGGGCACGCUGUCGCCCUCGCCGUCGCUGAAGAAGAAGGGCUAUCACAGUCUCAAGACGGCUGCAGUCGAGGCUGCGACUGCUGCUAGCCUCAUUACGCAGCAGAAGAGCUACUAUAACAACAACAGUAGCAAUAACAACAGCAAUAGCAGCAGCAGUAGUACUAGUAACAACAAUAACAACAAUGCUGCCUCGCAUACCAGGAACCGAAGUCUCAGCGAGUACACGCCAGACUCGCUUCACAACGUCAGACCACGUAAUGUCACCAUAGGCAACCCAGCAAACCCAUCAGAUGCGGCGCCUCAGCACCAAAUUCGCCGGGAAGAAUACCUCGCAACCUCCAGAGGCAUGCUGCCCGCAAGGCUUCCAGUUGGCCUGCCCACCCCUCCCGCCAGUAAUGCGAGCAAUCGCAGCGUGACAGAUACGGAAGAGGAGGACACAGCCGAGGAGGACAAGACAAAGUACAUAGUAGUCCGUCAAGGGCCCCAAAAGACCAAAAAACUCUACCGCCCCGUCCGCCAGCUCGGUCAAGGCACCUUCAGCAAAGUCUACCUAGCCACCUGUGAAGGCACCACAGCCAAAGACCCGCUCGAUGAGGCUGCCCUGGACCCCCGCAAGCUCGUAGCGAUCAAAGUCGUAGAACACGGUCCAGCCGGCGGCGCCGACGAGGAACGCGUCGAACUCAGUCUGAAGCGAGAAGUCGAAAUACUGCGAUCCAUCUCCCAUCCUUCCCUCGUACAUCUGCAAGCUUUUGAUUACGAUGAAGCCCAGGCCCUGAUUGUGGUCACCUAUUGCCCCGGUGGUGAUCUUUUCGAUGUAGCCAGUGACCACCGCGACAAGCUGACCCUGCCCAUUGUCCAACGCAUCUUUGCUGAAAUGGUCAGCGCCGUAAGAUAUCUUCAUGACCAGCUGAUUGUGCACCGCGACAUCAAGCUUGAGAACAUUCUCCUCAACAUACCCAUCUCCACCGUGCCCACCCUCACUUCGCCCCAAACCCACCCCUACCCCCUCGUCACCCUCACCGACCUCGGCCUCUCCCGCCGCAUCCCAGCACCCCCCGAAUCCCCCCUCCUCACCACCCGCUGCGGCAGCGAAGACUACGCCGCGCCUGAGAUCCUCCUCGGCCAGCCCUACGAUGGCCGUGCGACGGAUGCCUGGGCCCUCGGCGUCUUGCUCUACGCCCUCAUGGAAGGCCGUCUUCCGUUUGACGCGCCGCCGGGCAAACCAGCGAGUCGAAGUCGGGCGGCCCAUCGGAUUGCCCGUUGUGAUUGGGUGUGGUGUAAAUUCGGCAACGAGGAUGGCGAGUGGGAUGCGGAUAAGGGGGCGGGAUGGGGUGGGGCGAGAGUGGUGGUUGAGGGUUUGCUGAAGAAGGUGAGUAGAGGGCGGAAGAGUCUGGAGGAGGUUGGGCGGUGUGAGUGGGUUCAGGGGGGUGUUUUGGUCGAGGGUGGGUUGAAGUUUAGGGAGGAGGAUAGGGUGGGUGGGGGGGAGAGGUGA